CGCCCCCACGUGACCCCUACGCUUACUGACUUCAUCGCGGGGGGGAGGGGACGGGCACUGUGGCCGAUGUAGCUAGGGCGCGCAGGGGUGUCGGCGGCUGUGCGGAGGGGGAGCGGGCAAGCUGAGCGCGGCGCGCCGCGGAAGUCGUGGGCAGCGGCAGGAGCCGUAGCGCAGCCUCGGAAGAGCGCGGCAUGGAGCCGCAGGUGAACCUCCGCGUGAGCUGCCGCGGUGAGACCCUGAGCUUCCUGGUGUCGGACUCGGCGCACACGACGUGGGCGGACGUGGAGGCCAUGGUGAAGGUUUCAUUUGACUUGAACAACAUUCAGAUCAAAUACGUUGAUGAGGAUAAUGAUGAGGUCUCUGUGAAUAGCAAAGAGGAAUAUGAAGAAGCUCUGAAGAUUGCAGUUAAACAAGGAAAUCAACUCCAGAUGAAUGUGUACGAAGGAAACUCUUCUCCAGAAGGAACUUUAUAUUCUUGUCCUUUGCAACUGUGUGAAAACGCUGUGUCAGAAAAGUUGGCUGUCAGGAGAAAACCUCUCUCGCACUGUUCCAUGAUGUCACCGGGGUUAGAGGAAGACAUAAAAAAUGAAAAAGAGGUGACAAAUCAGCAAAAGUUGAAUUGCAAUAGAAAAGGAAGAAAAAAUGAAAAUCCUCCAGAAUGGUUUACUAGCUAUUUGGAAACAUUCAGGGAACAGGUAGUUAAGGAGACUGUUGAGAAACUUGAGCAGAAGCUAUAUGAGAAGCUUGUUCAUCAAAAUCGGCCUCCAGAUUUUUCUGAGAGCUCUGUUGCAGCAGCACUUCCAACUUCGGAGGCCAAGUCAGAGAAUGGCAGCCAGUGCGACUGGCUGAUCUCAUGCUGCAACUGUCAGGCUCGAAUCGUUGGAGUCCGCUAUCAGUGCAGCCUUUGUCCAGCCUACAAUAUCUGUGAACAGUGUGAAGCAGGAACAUAUGCACAUGAUCCCAAUCAUGUCUUGUUAAAGCUGCGAAGACCUAUACUAUGUAUUGCUGAGAACUACAGCCUUGCACAGUUUUCGUCUCGCCUCCCUGCUACUCUGGAGCAAGUUAGGCUCCAGAAACAGAUGGACAAAAGAUUUCUGAAGGCAGAAAAGCAAAGAUUACGAGCAGAGAAGAAACAACGAAAGGCAGAGGUCCGAGAGCUUAAAAAGCAGCUCAAAUUGCACAGGAAAAUUCAUCUGUGGAACUCUGUCCAUGUCUUGGAAAAUAGUGGUUCACCUACUCUGAAGUCUGAGAGUCUCCAACCCUUCAUGAGUUCUAGCCAACCCUUCCAAGCAGUUGUCCCAACAUUGAGCGCGGUAUUUGUGGAUGAGAAUUUGCCAGAUGGGACUCACUUGCAACCGGGAACAAAGUUUAUCAAACACUGGCGAAUGAAAAAUACUGGCAAUGUGGAAUGGAGCUCAGAUACAAAGCUGAAACUUAUGUGGGGAAACUUGACCUUGGCAUCUUCUGAAAAAAAGGAUGUGUUGGUACCAUCCCUUCCAUCAGGGCAAGUAGGAACUGUUUCAGUUGAGUUUGUGGCUCCUAAUAUAGAAGGAACCUACACAUCUCACUGGAGACUGUCACACAGAGGGGAACAGUUUGGGCCCAGGAUCUGGUGCAGUAUUGUUGUGGAUCCCUCCCCAGCUACUGACUGUCUAGAGAGCAAUUGGAAGGAUUCUGACUCCCAUCAAAAGGAUAAAGCUUCCAGUAACAAGCAGGAUGCUUCCCAGAGGACAGAAGCAAGUGCUCAACUGAUGGGUGAAGUCAUGGAGCAGGCUGAAAUACCUCUACCAAAUAUUCCUUUGAAGAUCAGAAAUCUGCCAAGUGAAAGAGAAUUUUACAUCCCAUCAGUUGAUCUCCUCACUGCGCAGGAUUUACUAUCCUUUGAGCUACUGGAUAUUAAUAUUGUACAGGAAUUGGAGCGAGUGCCACACAAUACUCCAGUUGACAUGACUCCAUGCAUGUCCCCAUUGCCACGUGAUAGCCCCUUGCUGGAGAAACCUGGCUUAGGUCAGAUAGAGGAGGAGAAUGAGGGGAGUGGAUUUAAACCAUUGCCUGGAGUGACUGAGGCCUGCUUUACUGCUGAUGCUUGCAUGGUGAAAAUGAGAGCUGAGCAUCCAUUGAACCAGGAGGAAGGGGAAGAAGAUAUGAGUGGGACUCAAUUUGUCUGUGAAACUGUCAUUCGCUCUCUAACCCUGGAUGCUGCACCUGACCAUAAGCCCCCACAAAGAAAAUCUGUGCAGAACUCUCCACAAACAUUAGAAGAUGCCUUCAGUUGUAAUGUGAUAAGUGAAGAAUCUCCUAGGAUAAAAACUAAUUACACUUCCAAAAAAGAAGCGAAGGUCCACCACUUGGAGGCAAUGAGAGAAAAUGAGUAUGAGGAACUCCCACUGUCUGAUGGGAAAGCAAACACCUGUAGUGAGACUGGCGAUGAUGAUGAUGCUGCAGAUGUUCAAAGUCAAGGCUCUUCUGCUUCAUCUGAGGAUUAUAUCAUUAUUCUCCCCGAGUGUUUUGACACCAGCCGUCCUUUAGGGGAGUCCAUGUAUAGUUCUGCUCUUUCUCAGCCCAGUUUGGAAAAAACAGAAGAACUUGAAACACAAGCAGGGAAUCCAGAAGGUGGAAGCCAGCCGCAUAUCCAUGGCAUCAAUGAUAUUUUGACAGCUUCACAAAUGUUGGCUGUCGUACCUUUGACCCCAGAGAUCACAGACACCAUACCGCAGACACACAUGAAUCUUGCUUCUCUUCAGAAUUGUGUCUUCCAAGAGCCAAACAUACCAGCUUCAGAGGAUGUCUCUUCCACUCCUCUUGAUCAAAUAAGAGAAGAACCCAGAGGUGAAGACAGUCAUGGACCAGGAUCUUCUGGAUUUAUAAGUAAUAAACCAAAGUGCUCAGAAUACUCAAGACACCCCCAAGGAAGCAGCAUUGCGGGAGGACUAGUUAAAGGAGCUUUGUCAGUUGCUGCCUCUGCCUACAAAGCACUGUUUGCUGGGCCGCCCACUAUAGAACAGCAGCCUGCAGUUACAGAAGAGCACACUGCCACUCUUCUAUCCAGUCUGUGUGAGAUGGGAUUCUGUGACAGGCAGUUAAACCUGCAACUGCUGAAGAAACACAACAACAAUAUGAUUCAAGUGGUAACUGAAUUGCUUCAGAUCAAUAACAGUGACUGGUAUGGCAGUAGAUGCUGAACUUUCCUGGUGGAGGGAGGAAUCACCUUCAUUGAGCAGACUCAUUAAACUGCAACCGUAGCAGGCUGCUCCUCAGCUUCUUUCUGUUCUGGGGUGUGGCUAAAAAUUUGGGGUUCUUUAAUGAACUUUUGAUUUCUCUCUUUUUUUUUUUUUUUUUUUUCUUUAAUGGAAAUGUCAAACACAGUACUUGUCACAGCAUUUUAUCAAUUGGAGACCAGAUUGUCAACUUUACUUUGGACCUCAUAAAUGAGUAGCCUUUAAGUCUCUAAUCUGAUACUGAAUCCCUUUUAUCUGGGAAUCCUGUAGAAUGACUUAAACUUCUAGUCAAGUGAGAACUUCCCCUUUUGAGCGUGAAGAUAUUUUUAAGGCAGCUGGAAACUCUUGUUGACUGUUAACAAGCUUCGGAAGAGGAACCAAUGCCAAAUGCUGCUGUAAAAUGUAGUCUUGUGUAAUAUACAAGAGAUGCCCACAGCCAGCAAGUUGCUUCUGAUAUGAUUUAGUAGCUGACUUCUGUCUGAUGUGUGAUAGUAAUAUAACAUUUAAACCCUUUACACAUCUUUUUAGAAGAAAAGGUUGCUCAUACAUUAGUCAGCUUAAACCAUGAAACAACUUCUAAAGUCUGAAAGUGUAACCACUUUUAAUUAAAUCUGAUAGAUAUCAAGAGUGUCAUUGUUUCACGUAGUAGAAAGAAUGAAGCAUGAGAAUGAAUUUACCAGCAACUAUUGAACUAUCUCUAAUAAUGACAGUAAUAUAUCUCUAACAGAAAAUAUAGCAUACAUAAAAUAUUUUGUUAUAAGUGUAGUUGUAGGAAAGGCCUUUCUAAGAACCUUUAGAGACUGUUUGUAAAAAGGUUAAAGAUUUGACCACUUUAUUUUUUUCUAACUCAGUGUAGUGCAAGCCUUUUAUUCUGCUGAUACUACAUAGAAGAAUUGAAGAAUGUGUAGAAAGCCAGACCUGAACUGGAGUGCAAAUUCUAGUAAUGUUUGGGAAUGCGAAGAGUGCCUGAGGUAGGGAUUGGGUGACUUCUGGUUUAUUUUGGGAAUAAGUUUGAGAGUAUUAAGUGUACAGUUUCCCUUGAUGGUUUUAGCUGGCCACAUAUUUCCAUUGCUAUGUCUGUAGGAUUCAGUUUCUUGCAAGAUUUUGCUUUAGAUGCCCAUAUUUAAUUUGGAAAUCUGAGAAUUCCCUUUUUAAAUAUACCAAGAAGAGGUUUGAUUCUGAAGAAUCACAAGAAACCAGCAACAUCCACUGCUCUGCAGUGGUGUAGCAAUAGAUUAUGGCUUAGAAGCCAGUCCUCUGAAAGUAACAGCAGUGUUGGCUACAUUCUUACUUUCAAGCGGAUUUUUUUCCUUGCUGCAUUAAAAGACCAUUGACCUUAAAUUUUAUAUUACUGCAGCUUCAAAAAUAAAGUUUUUCUGUUGUCAGGAAUAUAAUACUGAAGCAGUAUUAGUAUUGUGACUGACCAAGUAAUCAUUAGUAGUAAACUUCUUAAAGACUUAAUACCCUUAUCUUAGAUACCAUAAAAAUGAUUGAAGAAAAAUAUGUAUCAUACCGCUUGUGUUAAACCUAUUUUUAUAGAUGGUGGAAGAUAAAAUACUCUUAAAUGUUUAUUUUGAAAUACAGUGGGACUAUUUUGCAGUGUUUCCCAUCUGUCUUUACUCCAGUAUAGCUCUUAUCUGCUGUGGACCACAUAAAGAUCUCUGUGUAACUUGAACCUACUGUUUUUCUGCCAUGAAUUACGCAUACUGUUCUGAGUACCUUUUUGGCUUACACUUCCUCUAAAACAAGGAGGAAAGGGCAUGGAUGAAAUACAGUGGCUGGUGAAGUUUCUAAGCCUAGUGGGCUUGUCUGCUUUUGAUCAGGAUUUCCCAGCAGGACAUACACUUAGAAAGAACGUAUCUUCAUACUUUGAGGAAUUUUAAUGUUUUCUGUACGUCAACAAAACACUAAAAUGGUUUGAGGAAAAACACUUCAUUGCAGAUUGAAAUGUGAGGUGUGAAAUGCUUUUCUUUAAUUCCUCCCACCCUAAUGCUUAGUUUACUCUUUACUAGGUUUUAGAUAAUGUAUGCUCAGGCUUAAGAUAUAUUUCUGUUGGCUUUGUAUAUUUUGUUAAUGAAUGCAUGGUAUAAUUUGUAAUAUAUUCUAGAGUGCAGAUUUGACCUCUGUAUCUUAUUUAGGAUGAGCACUUUAAAGUCAACUGUGAUGGGGGGGGAGGAGGUGGAGUGGGGAAGACAAACUUUGCUUCAGUCCUUAUAAUAAAACUUCUACCUGGC